ACGUGUUGUUAAUCUUUGUAAUUCCGAGGUGUAGGAAGUGUGACGUCAUGCCAGAAUCAGGCAAAACAAAGGGCAGGCGGUUCUUCGUCGUCCAUUAUAUUCUGCUGAGGUUUCUUGGAUUGGGUUGGUGGCAUUCACCAGAAGAGAACAAUACUAACAAUUUCCCAGGGAUAUAUUUGUACUAUUCGAUUCUAACUGAGGUUGUCUGGGUGGCUGGUUUCGUAGGAUUGGAAUCAAUGGAUCCCUUCAUCGGUCACAAGGAUCUCGAUCGUCUGAUGUUCAGUCUAGCUUUCGUUGUCACUCACGAUCUAACAAUUGUUAAGCUGUACAUAUUCUUCUUUAAGAAUCAACAAAUCCAAGACAUUAUACGUACUUUAGAAAUAGAUCUACACCAGUUCUACCAGAACGAAGAGAAAAAUCGUAAAACAGUUCGUAUUACUAGGAUUUUUACAGGUUUGUUUAUAUUUUUCGGAUGGAUGACUAUAGGGAAUGGCAACGUGUAUGGAAUUAUACAGGAUCUGCGUUGGAAAGCUGAAGUUGCCCAAUUAAAUGACACAUCAUUGAGGCCCUUUCGCACUCUGCCACAGCCGAUUUACAUCCCUUGGGAGCAUCAAAACGAUUUAUCGUUUAUUAUAACCUUUUUACUGGAAACCGUAGGCUUGCUCUGGACGGGACAUAUAGUGAUGACUAUCGAUACAUUUAUCGGCUCAGUGAUUCUUCACAUGAGCACUCAGUUUUCUAUCAUGCAAGAAGCCAUAUCCACAGCCUAUGAUCGCACUAUGGAUAAAUUAAUUAAAGGUGUAAUUGAGUGCAACGACCCGGUCGCUUUGAACGACUGUGAAGCCUCACUUGGUGAGAGCAGACGUGAUAUGAUUGUGAGAACUUAUUGUACGAAACAAGAAAUAGAGAUCGCUUUAGAGAACACAUUGAAAAGUUGUUUCCGUCAGCAUCAAAUGUUAAUAAGUUGCGUGGAUAAAUUCGCCUCGACCUACUCCUACGGGUUUAUGACCCAACUGUUGUCUAGCAUGGCGGCGAUUUGUUCCGUAAUGGUCCAAGUUUCGCGGGACGCAUCAAGUUUAAAGUCAAUCAGUUUAGUAACGUCACUAGCAUUCUUUGGAGCUAUGAUUAUUCAGCUCGCCCUGCAGUGUUUCACUAGCAGCGAGUUGACUCAUCAAGCAGAGCGUGUCUCUGAAGCCGUUAUGUGCUGUAAAUGGGAACGUAUGCCAGUCAGGUUGAGAAGAUACUUGGUACUGAUGAUAGCCCGCUCUCAGAGACCCUUGCAGCUCACGGCCGGGGGAUUCGCUACCAUGAACAACGACUGUUUCCUAGCUAUCCUGAAAGCCGCCUACUCGUAUUACGCUGUUCUAAGCCAACGACAGGGUUAAAUAAAUAAAAGAAAACGAGCAUCAGAUAUAUGUUUAAUACAACACACGUACAGUCAUGUAUAGAAUAUCUAGGUUUUAAACGAACACUAUCACAGCUUGUAGGGAUCUAAAUUAAUGUAUUAAUUAUGUCAUUAAUUUGAAAAUCCCUUACAAAUAAAUAUAAUUUACAAUCUACUCAUCAGUUCGUAUCGCUUAUAAACAAAUACCACUGUUGUUGUUUACUCGUUGUAACGUCAGGGUUAAUUAUUUGGCAACAUCUGAUUUCAGCCGUUCUCCUUGUAUCACGCCUCCAUACAAAUAAAAAAUUCAACUCCAUACAGAACGUACAAUCUGAAUUACAGUCGGAAAAAACACUUACUCACCUUAACACUAGUGUGCAUCGAACCGAACAGAGUUUUCAUAAUUUAUCUUUCAUAUGUCAUGUAUAUGAAUGAAAAACAGUAAACUUUCUGUAUUUCGUGGACGCGAACCCCUGUUACUGAUGCCGGCGUAAUGCGUAAUGAAUAAAAAGUUACGGCAUGCCAGUACAAGGUAUUUAGCGAGUUUCUCUUUGACGUUUGUUACUUUACCGACAGUUCGCUGUUCGGAGUAUGUUCCCAUAUAAAUUCCCUAAAGUCCACGUCCAGCUCACAGCUCCAGCAACUUGGGGUCGGGCGUGUGUGACCGCGACCUACCCUGCGUUUUGAUAUCAAGUACCGUCAUUUCUUCGGAUCUGUAAAUGAGAAUAUUUUUAGUACACAAAAGAUGACCCAGUUGUGUUUACAGUAUCGCAGCCAUUGUUCUUCCUUAGAUUCUGUAUAGACGCCAAGAGGCCACAAGAUUCGAGUCUGAAUGGACCUACAAAAUGUACUUAACCUAUAUAUAAAUAAAAACACUACCAAGAUUGAACUGUGUUGCCAUUUCACUCAGAAACUAGUACGCAGAUUUUGAAUAACCUUUUUAGUUAUAUACGUUAAAUAUAAGAAUAAGAAAUGAGCUAUAACGUAUCCCAAAAAUUACGCAUAGUUCCCGUGGCAUCAGGACACAACUGUUGUAUUAAAGGCAUAAGAUAGGCCAUAGAUGGCGCUACCAUUAACCAUAUAGUUAAUCGUACAUACCUUUCCUCCGCCGCCUGGACAGCGUUGUAGUACACAUCAGGUACGUUGCUAUCAUGCUGACUGAGGAGCGUGCUGCCGGCUCGGGGAGAGUGUGGGCCGUGACUCGCGUAUGGAGAGAACGGAACCGUGGCCCGUAAUGCUGCCAAUACCAGCAACAUGCCGCCUUCGAAAAUACGGUUGUAUUGAGAGAUAUCACGAUAAUUAUGGAUAUAGUAUUUGGAGGAAAAAAGACAUGCUUGAUGGAUUCCAUGACCGGGAUCCGGAGUAACACAAUAAGCAUUCUGUUAUUAUCAGAAUAUUAUCAAGAAAAUUUAUCAAAACUAGUACACGAAAUAUUCAAAUAAAUAAUGGUUUAUUUGAAUAUUUCGUGGUGGUGUAUAAUAAUAGCCAAAAACAAAAUGUGUUAGUGACAAAAUUCACUUGGCCGACUAGAAAUGUUAGAAUUGUUGACCGGUUGAGUACCAUAAGGGAGGUUGUGUUUAACCUGGAAACGAGGAGUGCCCUUAUUUGGAGACAUAAUUAUCUCUAGUCUGACUCGUUGAAUCUUCAAAAGGAACUUGUCCCAUUUCGUUAGUCUAUACCCACUUGAAUUAUUUUUCCUUAUAGAAGAUAGUCUUUGUUUAAUUUAAAAGAUUAUUAUAUUCAAAUUUAUUUUCUCUUAAAUACCAGCUAAUUGAACUAUUACUAAUAAAUAACUGAAGUUUAAACUCCCACUACGUAUAUUACCUAAUUAUAUCCAAUACAACUAAGAAAUGGAUAAAAUACAAUAAAAUAUGCAAUAAAAGCUUCACGACUGAAAUAUGCAUCAAAAAUAUGUUUUAGGAAGAAAGAUAUCGCUUUAAAAUUUUGUGCAAAUGUUGAAAUAAAUAUCAAAGGUGUAUUUUACGCCACGGCUUACGUGACGCGGUGACGGACGUGAGACGAAUAAAGAAAUGUAUCAAAAUGAAAGUUUAAGCGAGAUAUAUGAGAAUAUGGGCUAAGUAGCACUCGAGCGCUCACACGGAAAUACUUUUACAGUUUUCAGUACAACAACUUACAAAGAAAUUAUUAAUGGAUGGAAGAAACAAUUUCAAAUGAGUGUCAUAAUUGUUGUCAACAGAAGUUGAAAUCGAUUCAUUCAUCAGAUGUAUAGUUUUCUUGCAUUAUUUUAUACAGCCUAGUUUAGAUUAGGCGAAACUUUCAUAAAAGUAAAUCAACCCAUUAAAAGAGCACAUAUUUUGGUGUAAGUUCACAUAAUCAAAACUACAGCAAAGAAAAAUGACAUGAAUUUCCUAUCCGGUUAAUUUAAGAUACUAACACCAAGAAAGAAGGGUGCAGAUAAUGAAGGAAAUUAGCAUAAUAACGUACCUGAAACAGUGGCUAGUAUCGUAAGGUUGGCAAACAGAAUCGCGGUCGCUGCACAAGCGUAGAACGGAGCCCGAGCUCGUCCGCAUGACCACCUCAUGAAGUCCCAACAUCUCAACUUCAUGGAGUACUCUCCACGCCGACAGAGAAGGUCCACGAAUAGAGCAACCACCCACAUUGUCUCAAGCAAGAACACUAAUAUAGCACCUGCACUAGGAAGGAAAACAUUAAAAAAAAGAUUGUAUA